AUGGAUACUUCAUCAAGUUCAAGUGAUGAUGAACGUGUAAUUGAAUUUGUGAGUAGACUUGGAAGAACAAGAAAACCUAGAAUUUUUCGUAAACGUGCAGAUCAUUUUAUUGAAUGGGAUGAAAAUGAAUUUUAUAACAGAUGUCGUUUAAGUAAACGAUGUGUUAAUACUGUACUGGACCUUAUAGCAUUUAAAAUUGAAUCUCCCACUAAUCGAAACCAUGCAGUAACAUCGUCACAAAUGAUUUUAUUCACAAUUCGUUUCCUUGCGUCUGGUUGUAUGUUAAUCACUGCAGGAGAUUUUGCAGGAAUUCAUAAGACAACUGCUGGAAAAUAUAUAUGGAAAGUUUUACAGGCAAUAGCUCAAUUGAAAAAAAAGUUUUUGAUGUUUUCUAAUGAUCCAGUAGUUCUUCAAAGUAUUAAAAAAAAUUUUUAUUCUAGUGCGAAAUUCCCAAAAGUUGUUGGUGCAUUGGAUUGUACUCAUGUAAAGAUACAAUCACCUGGUGGAUCAAAUGCAGAGUUUCGCGGUGGCAGGGGUCAGCACAUGAUUCCCGAAUUUUUCAACAUUCAAAAAUGCUCACGUUUUGAGAAUGGGGAAUUUGGGGAUAGUAUUCUCAUAGCAGAUAGUGGAUAUCCUCUCAAAAAAUAUUGCAUUACACCACUGUUGAAUGUGGAAACUCCCGCAGAAAACUUGUUUAAUGAAUCACAAAUCAGAACAAGGAAUCCUAUAGAAAGAACGUUUGGUGUGUGGAAAAGAAGAUUCCCAAUUCUAUCUACAGGGAUUAGAUUAAAUAUAUGA